UUCAUGGUAGGAAAAUUGACAACCGGUGUUUGUGUGGGUAGGUCUGCAGGAAUAAGAAAACAGUGUAUUUAAUGUGCUAAUAUGCCUGUAAAAAUAGAUCCACCGCCCCCGGAAAACGCUAAACAGAUCGGGGUCCCAACGUCCUUACUUUACAAUGGAUCCCGAUUUCAGGGACAUCAGAAAAGCAAAGGGACAUGUUAUGAUGUUGAAGUUAUACUUCAGCAUGUGGACAUGGACACAUCUUACCUGUGCGGGUAUCUGAAGAUAAAAGGUUUGACUGAUGAGUACCCCACCCUCACAACAUUUUUUGAUGGGGAGAUCAUCAGUAAAAAGUAUCCUUUUCUCACACGCAAGUGGGAUGCAGAUGAGGAAGUGGACAAAAAGCACUGGGGGAAGUUCCUGUCGUUUUACCAGUUUAAAAACUUCAACAAUGACUCCUUUGACUAUGAAGAUUUAAAAACUAAAGAUUUUGUAUUCAUGAGGUGGAAGGAGCAUUUUCUGGUGCCAGAUCACACUAUAAAGGAUAUCAGUGGAGCUUCAUUUGCUGGAUUUUACUAUAUAUGUUUCCAAAAGUCAACAGCAACCAUAGAAGGCUACUAUUACCAUAGAAGUUCUGAAUGGUACCAGUCACUGAAUCUGACCCAUGUUCCAGAGCACAGUAUAUCAGUGUAUCAGUUCAGAUGAGACGGCAUCAGGCAUCAAAAACUGUGAUAUAUAUCUUACAUUUGAGCCAAGCUGCUAGCAGAGAAGGGUGUAUUACAUUCUUUAAUUGUAGGCCUUUUUUCCUUGGCAUUUUUGUUUUCUUAAAAUUUGACACUGUAACACAUCUUAUUGCAUGUGUAUAGAGAUAAAUUCAUUGUAUAACCAUAAUGCUUUUUGGGUUUGUGCUUUUUUAUGGGUUGGUUAGCACAGAUAUGUUUUUAAGUACCAAAUCCCAAUCUGGCAUGCAUUAGGGUCAAGCUUGAAUAAUGCCGAAAGCAAGGGCUGAGUUAAAUUGAAUGUGAAAGUGGUUAAAAGCAUUACCAGUUUACCUGUGUUUUUGUUAUUUGUUUAAGAGCAUUUAUCAAUGACAUGGUUUCUUAAAAUGAUGUGACUUUGUUGUGUUUCAUUGUAUCAGUCGGUAAUUUUUACAAUCGGUAUAUCAUUUAUAAUGUUGGUUGUUUUUUUUUCUAUGCAUGUUUUGUAUUUAUAAUUAUAUAUUUGUUCAGUAAAUUUCUUUGUAUUCUUGACAUCGUUGAUAUUGACUAAGAUACUUUGCGACAAAGAUAUUAACAUAAAAAAAACACAUUACAAAUGUAUUCAGUGUUAAGUUUUGUGUUAUACAUUAAUUUAUCAAAGAAAUGAGGUAGACUGCUUGUCUCACAAUUAUUAGAUGAAGCUUAUUUGCGAAAUGCACAUUUUCUUGGUAUCAUGUACUAUGAAAUUGGUCAGAAUCAGAAAACCUGAUAGAUUGUCUAUAUUAUUCAAUUGUUAAACUGUCAUUAGGAAUGGGCUCAAGCUUUGCUGUAUUAAGGUUUGUUCGUUGAUUGACAGAAUACAUGAAAAUAAAAUGAUGUAAUUAAACUACACACAGUUACAUACACCAUCUUAACCCUUUGCAUGCUGGGAAAUUUGUCGUCAGCUAAAAUGUUGUCUGCUGAAUUUCUAAAAUUAGCAUUUUCUUCGAUUCUUUUCAAAGAAUACUAUAAGAAUAGCAAACAGUUUGGAUCUUAAUGAGACGCCACAUUUUGUGGCGUCUCAUCUGGAUCCAAACUGUUUACAAAGGCCGUCAAAAUUCGGUUCCAGCACUGAAAGAGUUAAAGUAUACCAUAUAAAUUUACACUUGCUGUAAUAUCUUUGAUAAUAUAGUGUUUUGGUUGAGUAUAAAUUGAUAUUGAUUAAGUAAUCUUUUUUGUUAAUUGCAUCAGUUUUUUCAUGUAAUUAAGGCUUGUAAACAUUGUGGUAUCAUUUAAAAUUAAAUAUUAACAAAAGUAAGAUAAAUUUAACAUGAUAUAAACAGUUCUGGUGUCACCAUCAAGAGGGGCACCUGAGGCAUAUUAUAUAUCUUUUACUGAUACAAAAGAACACAUGUGCAUUUCAUCAUUUGGAUUUAUGACAUUUGCAAAAAUCAUUUUUGUGAUGGAAUGUUUUUGGUUUGUUAUUAAAAUAAAUUGAAAGUUAUGUACCGGUACUAUCUUUACAGUGACUGUGUUUGUCGUGUAAAAAAGAAUAGCUGUUGAAAUUAAAUUAUACACUUUCAUUCUAUGUUUAUUGAACCAUAUUGAUUCAGUAAAAUUAUUCACAACUUUCUCAUAAAUUACGUUAUUUCAUCAUUAAGUGAUUUGUAUAUUGUACCCAGAAUUCCAUGUUGAUGUAUCACGAUGUAUCUUAACAAAAUGUUAUAACAUACAUUAUGUAAAUUAUUAUCAAUUAUAAGAAUAUGUUUGUUAUUACGAAUAUUAAAUUUGUUAUUUUUGUCAAUUACCUUGUAAUAGUGCGGUUUUAAUUUUGAACAAUUCACAAUGUCACGUUGUUCAAACAAUAUCCUUCAAUAUAUACCGGUAAUUACAUAUAUUUGAAUAUAAACAAAUGAGAAUGUA